AUUGCACAAGAUAGACGAUUAAUUUCAUUGAUCGUUCGCUAGCUAGCUAGCUUCCAAAUAUUAGUUAGAACAUGGAAGCCUGCAAUAUUAACGUGGAAUCUCCAGAUUCUCCAAAUCCAGAAAUGAAAAAAAACAAGGAAAUUGUGGAGGCACUUUACAAGGCAUUGGGAGAUGGGGAAACCGAGACAGUGGCGGGGCUAGUGGCGAGUGACCUCGAUUGGUGGUUUCAUGGACCUCCAGAGCGCCAACACAUGAGGAGGGUGCUCACCGGGGAGUCUGGAUACGACGAGUUCGCGUUUGAGCCGAGGAGCGUCACUCCAAUAGGCGAGGAUUGUGUGAUUGUGGAGGGGUGGGAAGGAGCACAAGCUUACUGGGUGCAUGUUUGGAAUGUAAAAGAAGGUGUCAUUACAAGGUUCAGGGAGUAUUUCAACACAUGGCUGACGGUGAAGGAUCUGAGGCCCUGCUGGGAGGUCGGGCACGAGGUAACCAAUGACACCAGCACCAUUUGGCAGAGCCAACCUCAGGACCUCCAUCACCGUUCUUUUCCGGGCCUUAUGCUCGCUAUUUAGAAUUAAUAAAGCCGAUUCUAGUAAUUUUAAUAAUUAAGCAUGAGCUCCACAGCCCGUAAAAAAUGAAAAGCAUCAUGACUCGAUGAGAUGGAUCAGUUAUGUCUGCAUGGACUGGAUCUAGCUAGCUAGCUACUGUACUUAUGUGUACUACUUAUGUGACUUGCUUUCGUAUGCAUGUGGACCUCUUAAAUAAAUAUUAUGCAAUUUUAAUAAAAAGGAGAAUAUAUGCC